AUGAUACGAGAAAGACGAAGUGUACUUUACGCAACUUUCUAUGAAAAAUAUGCGCAAGCAACAAAAAAACAGCAAGAUUCCAUUGACCCUUUCAAUUUAGACAACAUCGGUGACGGUUACGGUCAGUUUUUUCUGUUCAAAAUAAGUUUUAUGAUAUUUUGAAAUAUUUUACAGAUGCUUGGACACGAUCUGAAACUCAACUACUUGUCCUCGCGGUCAUUCUAAUUAUUGUAACUCUGGUUUUUGCUUUAAUUGUUGCAAUGGAUUGCACCAAAAACUUCCAAUUGUGGAGUUUCCGUGAUGUUAUUCAACGCCAACCAAGAAGAUCAAGAGGAAGAUCAAGAGCCCAACCAAAUAGUGGAAUAGUCAAUCUACCAAUGGAUGACCUAAAAGCUCCACCAAUCAAUAUUCUUGCUCCUCCACCAUACCGUAAUUGA